AUGAGCUCUGACACGGGCUUAGAGCCUCUGCGUGGUUCGUGCUCAUGUGGCCGUAAUCGAUAUUUGAUUCGAAUCCCGGAAGAUGUGACCGACCACGCGCACAUCUACUUCGAUAGCAGUUCUGACAACCGUAGACACCACGGCACUCCUCUUACGGCAUGGCUACGGGUCCCCUUGGAUUGGUUUGAAUCUCACACGCGGUCCUACUUCCCCGACGAAACGCAUAAUACUAUCCGUCGCACUUUCACACCUCGUCACGAUCCACACACUCGGCGCAAUUUCUGUGGAUUCUGUGGCACACCGUUGACGUACUGGACGGAAUCGCCUCGAGACGAAGCAGAGUUCAUGUCCGUGAGCAUUGGCAGUCUCUACGGCAGAGACCAGCAUCUGCUGGAAGACUUGGACCUGCUCCCUGGGUCUUCGGAAGAGGAAGAAUCAGAAGAAGAGUCAGAGGCCGAUGAAGAAGUACCAGCCAGUAGAGAUCCAGUUCCAGUCUCUACUACAACUGCUGCAGCACCAUCGUCGUCUUCAGUUGUCGUGCCCACGUUAGCAAGCGAGCCCCUUCGAAGCUACCGAUCCGGGACGAUGAGUGGAAUUCCCUGGUUCGAAGAAAUGAUCGAAGGAAGUCGACUAGGUCGUCUGAUGAAGGCCAGGCGUGGUAUGGGAGUGAGUGACGACGACUCUACGAAAUUUGCGUGGGAAGCUAGUGAGUGGCACGAUGAUGGAACUACUGGCGCCAUACGACAGACACAAUACUCCACCUUCAGUAGCAGCUCUGGGAAGAGGAAACGAAUCUCUCGGGGCGACGCGGGAGUUGGCAGCUCGCGACAAAAGCGAAGAGAUUCUCCUUGA